GUGAGAUUUUGGUGUGAGAUAUAUCAUCCAGUAUUAACAAGUGAAGUAAGGAUCUUCCUCAUCUGAAGACGUCAAAGAAACGAUCACUUGGCAGGAGUGCUCUUGGCUUUGAAAGCACGUUUUGCAGUAUUGUUAACCGCACGAUGACGACUCAGUUCUGUUGGCUGAUCUUGUUGGCCAUAUCCACCCUAUCGUACCGUGCGGCCGGUGCCGCACAUCCUGCCACGGAAGUUACCAAUCAGGAGAUCCGUGAUGCCAUCCUGUCGCUGGUACACUCCUACAACACGCUGGACAACAAGCUAGAGCGCCACGAGCAGCGUGAACGUGCCCAUGCCGAGCAGGUGAAGAAGAGUCUUAUCACGGUGCAGAAGAAUCUGCGUGGGUUGGAUCCGCUUCCGGGCAUGAUUAGCCGUUUGGAGAGUCGUACCGCAGACAUUGAGACGGCUCUGCUGCAGCAAGGAGAUCAAAUCAAGACAUUCACCCAACAGCAAGCGAAGGUUGGCGAAUCUCUGGAGGGCAUUCUGAAAUGGUUGACUGAGAAUGCUCAGGUUUUGGAGACACGUGCGGGUAAUGGGGCAGCACGGGAUGACGAUGACGAGAGUGUGGCAAGCAAGUUGGAUGAGGUAGCGGGAACUGUUCGGGAAUUGCGCCGCGAGUUGGCCGAGCUGAAGAGUGAUCGUGAUGCUACUGAGGACGUCAAUCGUCAGUUGCUGAAAGAAACGGAAAAGCUGGUCAACUCGAAGCUUUCCUCAGCGGACGAGAUCAUAUCGAAGAUGGAAGAGAAGCUGUCUCAGUUCUAUCUGACCAGUCCGAUGAUUGCGACACAGAACGUAGAAUUCGAGGAAAAGGUACUGCGACAGCUGGAUAGUUUGAGCAAUGCUGCCGGAGGAUCGGCCAGCAACUCCCUUGCCAUGGAACCAUCGGCUAUGCCCGAUAAGCAGUUCAUCCAAGGUCUGGUUAACGAAACACUCGAAGCAAUCAACGAUAUGCGACUGGAGGUGUUGACUGCAUCCGACAAGAGCUUCACCAAGACAGCAACUCGCAUCAAGGAAAAUAACGAGGUGCUGCAGUCAUCCGUCGACGAGAUAUUGAAGACGCUGACGGAGGAGCUAACGACAGCUGAAGCGUUCCAUAACACAGCCAAGGAACAGUUUAACUCGAUGAACGAAACCAUGACGCGGUUGUCAGGGUUCUUGUACACGGCCGGUGAAAACAUUCUGGAUGCGAAGCGCGGUAUCGACUACGGUAUAAUGCAGAUCACGCGCGACGUUGGGGACAUGAUCAAGACCAACACGGGUAGCCUUAACAAAACCGUUUCGAACCGUUUCGAUGAGAUCGGCGCUACGAUACUGGACAAUCACAACGGAGCGCUCACCAACCUGAGCUCGAAAAUUGAAACGGAGAUCAGUCAGGUAUGGCGUCAGAUUGGAAUCAUGUACCAGGAGAUCUCGUCUAGCAAGCAGGCACUCGACCGUCUCCAAGAACAAACGGAAACAUACGUCAAUGGUACGCUCAACACAAUGGACAGCAUGGAGGGCAAGGUUUCACUUAUUACCAACCGCAUGACAGAGGUGGACUCGAACUUAAAUUACCUCCUCGGACGCCUCUCGAUGGUGACGCAGGAGUUCAAUCAGAUAAAGCUUGGCCUCGGUAAAGCGCUGGACGAGAUUAAGGGCAGCUUCACGGAGGUACACAACCGCGUCAGAGGUCCCGGACCACACCGAAUCUCCUCCGAGGAAGUCGUCGAUGAUUUGGGCAAUGAAACCACCAAGUAAGCGCGGUACACAGCUCAACCCCUUUUCGUUCGAUUGGGAAGUAUUUUUUAGUAAAACCAAAUAGAAAGCAACACAAAACCAUGCAUUAAAGCCUACUCGCAGAUGGCGUGGUUGCGUGGUUGUCCGCUGAUCGAAUGUGUUAGCAUGUAGGCUUGUAGUAGUAAGAUAAAUUUUUUAUAGAACAAUUUCUUGAGACACAUUGCGGCUGGCUAGAGCAAUGAGGUGAAUUGACCCUUUUUUUGUUGUAUGAAUUUACUUACUAGGUUUUUAGAGACUAUCGACUGUACCCGUUGUGCUUAACGAUGAGAGAGAGAGAGAUAUAGAGAGAGGAUGUAUAAUCCAAUUGUAUUGCCGAUAUUGAUACACAAUAAAGCGUCGAAAC